GGAGUCCUUGGAAGUCCUGCCAUUUGCGGUAUGGUUUGGAAAGAAUUAGGGGAUAAUAUCAUAACUGGUCAGUGGAGCGUAUCUAUUAAAACCGGAACAAGCUACCUACCUUGAUGGUCUUAAAAUGUCAGAUGUACUGCUAGUGGCAACCCUUCUUUCUCUCCGAACUCAUGAUGAUGAUGACAUUCAAUUGCAAUAUGAUACAAGACAUCCACUAGUUAUUGAGAAGGUAACAUGUAUCAUGAUUGUCGCCUAUACAAUCAAAUCACUGGUUACGGCUCUUCUAAUGGUUGGGAGUGGAUGGAAUGACAAUUAUGAUGUGAAGUUGCAUGGUCUAUCCUACGGUGUCAUCAACGAGAUCGUUAUUUUCGUUAAGAGAGAAGACGAACAGUCAACAGUAUACAGUCCUUUCGAUAAGGAUGAUGAUAGAGGACAAAUAGAUAAAUAA